UACUUUCAAACUUCCUCUGCCGCAUAUGGUGUAAGACUCAAAGGCUUGCCAAGAGCCAAGCUGGCAUAAAAAAAAACCAAUAAACUCCAUAAACUGUUCAACAUUAUAAGCGUAUUAAACAAGGCCAAUGAAAGUCAACGAUAGUGGAAAGUGCACAUAUAAAUAUCGCAGGAGGAGAAGAGUGCCAUAAAAAGUCAAGGAGAAAAAGAAUAAGGAUUAACUAUCUUCAGCCGCAGCUGUUGCCGUUGCCGAUACUUCUUCUCCCAUAAUAAGAAAAUCAACUGAAGCCAAAAAAAAAAAAGAAAAACGGAGCAACAUAAAAGCAAAACAAAAUCAAGGCAAAAUUAAGAAGGACGCUAUCGAGCAAUAAAAGCAAUGCAAAAUGUAAUCUUCAAUGAAAAUGCAUCCCACAAGAUUAUGGAUGAUAAUGUCGUAACUUAUUACCCAGAGGUUAAGCAGCCGAGGAAAAGUUCAGCAAGCGUAGAGGCCCAUGCCACAUGUCAUCGAAUGCUGGUCAAGCAUAAUAGCAAUCUCAUCAUCGCUGGCAAUACUAAUUGCCAUAAUACGAACUUUAAGAGCCGCACAGCCUCGCAAAAGUACUCACAUUUGUUGAUACGUGCCAUAACAGCAGCGGCCACUGUUGCCACCAGUGUUGCUGUGGCAGCUGCCACAACUACAACCACCACCUCUGCUUCUUCCACAGUCUCAUCGCCCACAUUUCCAUCAGCCACGGACAACUUGUCCGGCAUGUCAUCGAUGUUGGCCCAAGAGCGACUUAAGUUUGUGUACGAAAAUUCAAUUGCAACCCAAACAUUGGAUGAGAGCAUCAUUAAUAACACCCUGAUAUUUGGUUCAUCAUAUAUGGGUUCCUUAUCUUCGGCAGCCACAUCGUAUACUUUGCUAAAUGACUCUUGGGUUAAUGGCUCAUCUGCAUUAUUCACCUCCUCGUCUGCUUCUCCAUCACCCACAUCGAUAAUUGAGGGCGUUAAUUUCACAUCGACUGCGGGAUCCGAUGAUUGGUCCCACUUCAAUGAUCUCAUUUUGUCGUGGCAAGGUGUCUGCCUGAUUGCCGUUUUCUGUGUCUUAAUUGUGAUCACCAUCAUUGGCAAUACGUUGGUCAUAAUGGCCGUUAUAACGACGCGGCGCCUUAAAACGGUAACCAAUUGUUUUGUCAUGAGUCUGGCCGUGGCGGAUUUUCUGGUGGGCAUAUUUGUGAUGCCACCAGCAGUGGCUGUCCAUUUGAUAGGUUCUUGGAAACUGGGAUGGAUUUUAUGCGAUAUUUGGAUAUCAUUGGAUGUUCUUUUGUGUACAGCCUCUAUACUAAGUUUAUGUGCCAUCAGUGUGGAUCGAUAUUUAGCUGUCACACGGCCCCUAACGUAUUCCCGCAAACGGCGUUCCAAACGUUUGGCCCUCAUCAUGAUACUCAUCGUAUGGGUUUUGGCUCUGGCCAUUACCUGUCCGCCCAUAUUAGGCUGGUAUGAACCGGGACGUCGUGAUUUGAAUGAAUGUCGCUACAACCAAAACGAAGGAUAUGUGAUAUUCUCGGCCAUGGGCUCCUUUUUCAUACCCAUGGCAGUGAUGAUAUAUGUGUAUGCCAGAAUUUCAUGUGUGGUAGCAGCUAGGCAUGAUAAUAUGACCGAUAUUAGUAUACAUAAUAUUAAGAAAUUCAAACGCUACACCUCAGCCGAUGUUGACAAUGAGCUAGAUCCCGAUAUCUCUGAAUUGGAUUUGAGCUCGGGCCAAAGGAAACAACAAGCCGCACGCACUCUCUCCAAUCAGACCUUGGCCAAGGAGUUACAAGAAAUUAUGGCCGCCGAAAAUGAAGUCCCAACCAAUGCCACUCAAUGCCAUUCACUGUUGGCCACACCAGGCACCAUCGUCUCGCCCGUCUCGAAUGCCAAGAAUGGCUGUUACGAACUAACACGGGCCACCUCAUUGCGUCGAACACCCACUGCCUCUUCGAAUAUGACCAUAAUGACCACUACCACCGGUACUGGAACGGCAACAGCAAGUACAAAUGCGGAAAAUCCCUGGACAUUUUCCGCCAUCAAUACCCCAAGCACCACCAUCAGUAGCACAAAUAUUUCCUCACAUCACCAUCAUCAUCAUCAUGGGUCAUCACACUAUCAGCAGCACUCGCAUCCCAAUAAAAAUAUGCGCACCCACAGUGUGAGACAUCAGCACUAUAUGAGUGCCCCACCCGCCACUCUAAUGGCUGUUACCGCGGACGCCCUGACGCCUGGCAACAGUGUGGCCACUUCCAUAUUGCGUCAGCACUCCAGCCAACCCACAACGCACAGCACCCCAAUGGCCGGCCAGUCAACGCGUAUCACCCAACAUCAUGGCCAUGGUAGUGCACAUCAUUAUGGCAAAUCAUCCUCGAAUCGCAUCACUUCCCUGAAGAAGGAGAACAAAACCACUCAAACGUUGAGUAUUGUUGUGGGCGGCUUCAUUGCCUGUUGGCUGCCAUUUUUUGUCUACUAUUUGAUUACACCAUUCCUGGAGGAGCACCAGGUCAGUCGGACACUGGCCAAGGGACUCACUUGGCUGGGAUGGUGCAAUAGUGCCAUAAACCCCUUCAUCUAUGCAUUUUACAGUGUCGAUUUUCGUGCCGCCUUUUGGCGUUUGACAUGUAAACGCUUCUUUUCCGCUUCCUCCAAACCGCAGUUUCAAACCAACACAAUGUCGAUACGACGAUAGUUAAGAGCACCCAUCUAUGAUUAAGUGUUUUAGGCAAAAUGAUAAAAUGAAAAAAAAAACAUCUACAAUUAGUUGUAAAAAUUGAAAAAAAAAUAAAAGUCAAAGUUAAAAAAUUGGAAAUAUAUCUUAAGCAGAACUUUAA